AUGAGACAAACUGGAGUGCUUUCAUCGCCAGCCGCUUUAGAGGAUCAGUGUGUAGACGUGAGGAAUAUUCCAAUGCUGCAGCGAAGAGAGAGGCAUCAGAGACCGGAGAAGCAGGCAGGCAGCCGGCUCGGCGGUUCAGCCUUCACCAACGUCGUCAAGAAAUCCUGUGCAUGCGUGGACCAAAGCCACAGCCAUUGGUUUACUCCCGGAGCAAGGAAAGAGCAUAGUCAGCUUUUACGAGAUUCCCGGUCAGAUCGAGGACAUAAGAAAAAUUGCUCGGUAAAAACUGCUAGCAGACAAACGAGUGUCCAUUUAGGAUCCUUGUUUAUGGGGGACAUCAAACGACGAAGGAAAGCCGCUCCGAUCCCUGGACCCACAGCAUCUGGUUUUAUAGGCGAAAGCGGUCAACCUAUCCCUGACAGUAACAUUGGAAACCGAAUGCUUCAGAGUAUGGGCUGGACCCCCGGCACGGGACUGGGGCCGGAUGGAAAGGGUAUUUCAGAGCCUAUACGAGCUCUACAGAGACCAAAAGGACUUGGACUUGGGUUCAGCUGAUGUGAUUGUACGGCACGUGACAUCUCCAGACUUCUUAGGAAUCUCAAUGUGUGUGUUUUUUAAUGUCAUUGGUAAAAUACUCUUUAUAAGAAAAGACAAAUGUUUUAUCUCC